GGCAGCGCAGUCAGGAAAUAUAAUUACGAAUAGAGAGCAAAUAACAGAUCAUGAUUUAAUCAUACAAAUAACGAGACAAAUUUAAUUUGUUCAUUUUACUUAAUAAUACAUUUUUUGAUUUAUCAAGUGAGUGAAUGCUGCAUAAAAAGCAGUUAUGAAAUUAUUUGCGGUACAUGGAAACUAAAAGAAAGUACAUGCAUACUAGUGCUCGUGUAUAUGGUGGAAAUUUCUGAUAUAUUUUCUGAAACUUUCGAAUAUAUUUUCGAAUUAAUUGAAAAUGAAACUGUGGAUUUUAGUUUGUAGUGUGGGAGUAGUUUGUUCUCAGGUUGCCCAGUUACGACAGCUGCAGUUGGCAAAUAUGCUUCAAAGAAGGAAUAAUCUUCUGCAGCAAACAAUGCUCCAAAACUUACGUAAUCCGGCCGCAGCCCUUGGACCGAGCCCAAGCGUCGGUCAGAGUUCCCGCCUUGUAGAGCAGUUAAACAGAAUGACUCAGAACAUGAUGAACAAUUUAAAUGGCGGAGCGAGCGCUGGUUCCCCAUCUGUGAACACGAAUAAUCUUAUUCCGGUAGACGUAUUGCUCAGGCAACAGAGAAACUUGCAAGCACAAAUGUUGCAAAAUCUUCAAAAUACACCUAGCGUUAAUGUGAAUAUACCAAAUACUUUAACUACUGGUAUUACACAAACUCAGAACCUUAAUAAUCAAGGUAAUCAACAAACACUUAAUCCUAAUGACGUCAACGUUGUUGUUGUACCACAAAAUAACGCUCGUGUUUCAACAGCGCCUGCUGGUACGGGUACUUCCGUGGUAACUCAGACGUCAGACAUAAAUCCAUUUUCUGCCAGCACUGGUAAUACAACAUUUGACGAUAUUUUCACAAACUUCGGCGGGUUUAGUGUACCAAGCACAUCCGCUGACUUUUGGACCGGAAGGACAGACACACUGCGUUCAACCGGAAGUGAUAGACAAUCAACUGGCUUUCCAUCGAGUAUGUUUCCGUCUACUGGCAGUAUAACAAACCUUGACACUCGUCAGAGAACAGGUUCGCAGACGACUUUCGACCCUGCGACUGGUAUAACAUUUGGAAGCGGGUUUACUUCUGACCAGCAGACGACAUCUGAUACCGGCCCUCAAAGCACCGGAACCCAAUUUAACACACGUGGAGGAACAACAUUUGAUAGUGGAACCUCAAGUGGCAUUGGGUCAACUUCCGGUACAAAUCAACCAGGAACCGGAUCUACUUUGGGUAGCGGAGCUACACUUUUUGGUAUAAACUUACCGGGCGGAUUUACAUCCAAUUUUGGCACGACAGGUGACACUGGCACUUCUGGUGCAGCAACGACAUUGACUACAGGUGGGGUGACUGGCACUGCGCAACCAGCUAUCGUUCCAGACGCAUUGUCGUGUACGGCGGAGUACCAGAAGAUUCCCGGACACACCCUGUGUAUGACCGACUCCCCUCAACUAACCAGAGCUGGUGUUGACAUCGACGAUAAGCUGAGGAUCACACAGAUACACAAUAACAUGCGAGCCAAUGUCCAACCCCCAGCCACCGACCUAGUCUCAUUGCAAUGGGAUGACCGUAUUGCAGCUGUAGCACAGAAAUGGGCGAAACAAUGUAGACUUGCACAUGACACUGAGAGGAAAAUACCCGAAAUGGGAAUGUCAUUCGGCCAGAAUGUGGCUGUGGGGUUUGAAACCUGGCAGGAGGCUAUACAAAUGUGGUACGAUGAAAUAAGCCUCUACAGAUAUGGGCUGGACCCAGAUUCAUACCUAGGUAAAGAUGGCUGGCGACAGAUAGCACAUUUUACACAGAUUGUACAAAAUGGUACGUAUCUUAUUGGGUGUGGCUAUGCAGAAUGCCCAGAUACACAGUACGUGCGGUACUUUGUAUGUAACUAUGCAGCUGGACAAACCGACCUUGCCUACCCUUACACCGCCGGCAUGAGAUGUGAAAGCUGUCCGACCAGUUGUAUCAACGGAUUGUGUGAUUGGGGUGGUCUGUUAUAUAAUGCACGCGAUUGUUUUCUUUCAGUUGACUGUCCGGUCAGUGACAAUUGGAUUUGUGGGCGUGACUGGCCGCCUAGUUACUGUGACAGAUUCUAUAAUGUACCAGAGGAGUGCCCGUAUAUGUGUGGAAUAUGCGGUGACGGGUCAACAAACACACAUGUGGUAACAACACCAAAUAUAACAACAUUUACAUCAUCAUUCGGAUGCCGUUACACAGGUGUCAGGGACGAUCAAGCGGCUUGUAGGAAUUAUGGUGAGAACGGGAACGAUAUGAGAAUGUGUUCGAGCCAGGGAGGGACAGUGGGUUGCGGGGACUGUGACCGGUAUUUCAACAUCAAGAGAGACUACUGUCCUGUCAUGUGUGGCCUAUGUGACCCCCCAUGUUCGGGUAAACGAUGUAGUAAUGGAGGAACACUUGAUACAAACACGUGCUCGUGCAGCUGUAGGAAACCUUUCACAGGCGACACGUGCGAAUUCGCACAAUGCCCGAUAAAUGGUGACCCUGGAUUUUGUCGGUUCUGGCCUGCCCGUUAUUGUCAGAUGUACUAUAAUGUACCAGAAGAAUGCCCGUAUAUGUGUGGAAUAUGCAAGACAGACAAUGCCCCAGUCAGCGUAAUGGGCAGGCCUAGACGGGGUGAACAGCCAAUGGACAGCCAGUCUACAAAUAACCGGUCAAGACCGAAGCGUCUAGGAGAUGCUGCGGAAACACGCCGGAAACGCUGAGCAAGGACAUUUAGAUACGAUGAAAUAUAUCACCAAUACAAUUUGUGGUAUUUUAUAUCCAGCGUCGUGGAGCAAUAAUAUCAUUUAUUUACUUACACCCAUAGGUGUCAAUCUUGCCCAAAUGUUUAUCAAGAUAAUGCGUCACAAACUGGGGGUUUAGGGAUUUUGAGAUGCUAGCCGUUUAUCAUCCAAUGUUAUAUAAAUCGAGACUAUCUUCAAUCAAAUGUAACAAAAUUGAAAUGUAUACUAUUAGUA